CUUAGAUAGACUCCAUAUUACUUCACUUUGUUAGUUAUGAAAUAAAGUUAAAAGACCUGGGACCAGUCUAUAAUCAAUGUCAUCGACGGUACCACGCUACUCUCUGGUCUUAGCUAACAUUCAUUUCAUUCAUUCACUUCGAUUAUGUCUUUAACAGUUGAGCUUAAAUAUUUAGGGGUAGUUGCUGGGCUCGGAUGUGGAGUAUGCAUAGGAUUGCUUCUAAAACGAAAAUUCCACGGUAUACGCCGAUUACCUCAGCCCUGUGCUGGGGCACAAUCCAUGGUGGAUUUAAUAACAAAUGGAUGGUUUUCUGAAGUUAAUAGCUUAUGGCCUGGUCAGUCCAUGUCUCUACAAGUUGAGAAACUUCUAUUUCAUAAAAGAUCACAAUAUCAAGAUGUAUUGGUUUUCAAAAGUGUAACAUAUGGAGUAGUUUUGGUGUUAGAUGGUGUCAUACAGUGCACACAAAGAGAUGAGUUCUCUUAUCAAGAGAUGCUUGCACAUUUGCCUCUCUGUUCCCAUCCAAACCCAAAACAGGUUCUCAUCAUUGGAGGUGGCGAUGGGGGCGUUGCAAGGGAGGUUGUGAAACUUGCAGCUGUUGAGACAGUCACGAUAUGUGAAAUUGAUGAGAUGGUGGUUAAUGUUGCUAAGCAGUUUCUUCCCCAAAUGGCAAAAGGGUUUGAGAGCCCCAAGUUAAAUCUACACAUCGGUGAUGGGUUUGAGUUCAUGAAAAAGCACCAGGGGGAGUUUGAUGUCAUCAUCACUGAUUCUUCAGAUCCUGUUGGUCCUGCAGAAAGCUUGUUUCAGAAGCAGUACUACAGCUUGAUGAAGGGUGCCUUGAAAGACAACGGUGUGCUCUGCUCGCAAGGAGAGUGUUUUUGGAUUGACCUUAAAUUGAUAAAGAACAUGAGAACGUUCUGCAAGGAAUUAUUCCCAGUAGUUGAAUAUGCAACUAUGUCCAUCCCAACUUACCCUUGCGGUCAGAUCGGUGCAGUUCUCUGCAGCAAAAGUCCAGAUAUCAGCUUUAGAGAUCCUGUGAGGAAGCUGAGCGAGGAAGAAGUGAAGCACAUGGAUUUGAACUAUUACAAUCACGACGUGCAUCGUGCAUCUUUCAUUCUGCCACAGUUUGUCAAGCAGGCUUUGGACUAGCAUCAUAUGUAGAAGUUACAACAUAUAGAGAUUGCAUGGUGAGUGGAUCCAACCUCGAAUCUCCAUCCAGUAUCCAGCUCUAGGAAAGUGUUCUUACAGAUUAGGUGGCCAUAUGGCCGUGAUUAUAGUAACACCAUUCUCAAGGUUUUGCUCAAUGGAAAAUGGUAUAGUAAAAUUAGUCCCUGGUUAUGUUUAUCAUGUCUCCUUGGCUUUGAUGAAUAGUUUAAUUGAUACGAGAGCAACUUUAUUUCAUGAUAAUUCCGUUUGUUUAAUUGGUUAGCAACAAUUUGCACAUCCGAUCUAUGUCUGUCAGUCAGAUUGAAGUUGCUUAAACCUUGCCACCAGAUGGCAGCAGGUAAAAAGAACCACAGUAAUAACAGGUAAUAAGCUCUUGUAAAAGCACUAUUAUUGCUAGCACCCUGAGAAGUUUCUAAUGUAACAGGUGAUUGCUGAAUUUGCCGUUACAUAACUGUUCUAAGCCACGAAAAAUUCUUCUGAUCAUCUUAAAUCAAAUUAUUAAAUUAUCUUUUGAUAAUGACGCUGAUAUUAUUAGUAUUACACCACCCAUUUAUUUUGCUCUGCUUUGUUUAUGAAUAAAAUUGCCUGACAGCACUUAAUUUUAGUUUUUUGUAAUUAAAAAACUAUUUCCUAUUUCAUUAAGUUAUCACGUAAUGUUGAGUUUUCCAUGCAUAGCAUUUGUCAUAAAUGUACAGAGUUUUUUUAGCGAUGGCAUUCCUCAUUUUGUAAUACUAUGAGCUGUGUACUUGUGUACUCUUGAUAAGAGAAUGAAUAUACGCUCUACUGAUACAUGACA